AUGGCGGAAGCUACUCCCUCUCACUCUCCUUCUUCCUCCUCCUCCGCCUCCUCCUCCUCUCCCUCUUCCAUUCCUCUCUCCGCCGCUCCAAUGGGAGGGGAUGCCUCCGCCCCUCGCCACCCCUUCUCCCUUGCCUCCGUCCAGCAGCACUGCGCUCGCUUCGGGGCCGAAAUCUGCGCCAGGAUCGACGGCCACAGGCGCUCCGUGCUCCGCGUCGCCGCUGGUUUUCGCCCCUUCCGGCCUCCGGUUCCGCUCUUCGCCGCCGUCUCCCAGAGCCACGCGGCGGGGGGCCCCGACGCGGCGGGGAGGCAUCUCUUCGAUUUGGCGUUGAGCCCCGAGUAUGUGGCGAAGACUCUUUCUGGGACGAGUGUUUUCACCGUCAGCAACUCCAACAAUGAGUUCGUCCUUAUCUCAGAUCCCAACAACAGCCUCAAGUCCCUCGGCCUUCUCUGCUUCCGACAAGAGGACGCCCGCUCCCUCCUGGCUCAAGUAUAAUCUGAUAUUUCCUCCUUGAUGAUCUGGCGCAAUUGUCGCUGUGCUGAUGCCAUUUCCUUUGCUGAAUUAUCCUUGAUGACUCCUUUGAAUUGAUUUGGUUCACACUUUCGAUUUCCAGCUCUAAUGGAACCAUUUUGGUUUCCAGGUCCAGUUGCGCCAACCCGUCCUAGGAAGGGGGGCCAGAGUCGUGCCCAUCACACUUGAUCAGGUUUUUUUUAACGUGUAAAUAUCAUUUGAACUGCACUGUUGUCUCAGUUUUGAGCUGGACACAAUUGUUUUAUUGUCAGUCCGUGUGAGAGCCAAGAUAUGGGGUGGCUUCUCACUUUGUUUUGCUUCUGAUGCUAACUAAAGAAAGAAGCACCAUAGCUUUGGAUUUGUUAUUAUGAUUACUGUGUUUGGUGCAUGAAAGCUUAGUCAUCGUCUCACUAAUCAUUUUAGCUGCCCUCUUGAACUUUCAUUUCUUAAUUUUUUGGCAUUGUUCUGUAGGUGUAUAUGUUGAAGGUUGAAGGGAUUGCAUUUCGAUUUCUGCCAGACCCCCUCCAAAUAAAGAAUGCUUUGGAUGUUGGUAUCUAGACCUUCUUUGUGAUGUUAUAUUAUUUCCAGCUCAUACAUCCAUGGAAUUUCAUUACUAGAUUUCUUUCUUGCAUGUUAAUACCGAAAAUAAAACUUUUGCUUUCAAGCUCUAUUUAAUGCCUCCUAGCGUUUUGCUGUGGUUUUCCCGGGAAAUCAUUUGGCAUCUUCUAGCUUAGUGACGCUGAGAAACAUAUCAUCUUAUGUCUGAUGAUCCCGUAUGAUUGUAAUGUUCAUUUUGUUAGAACCAGAUGACAUCUUUUUAGAGAUUAUAUUGUUUCCCUUUUUUUAUUUUGGUACUUAAAAUGAAUACUCUGUACCAGCUGCUUUUCCCGAAAAAGAAGUACAGUAAUUGGUGUAGGAAUCGGUAAUAUGAUCAUACAAUUAUAGCUUUUUUUGACAGAAUUCUCACCGCCACCAUUUCUAUUUUUGUAAUCCCUCUGUGAUUCAUUUCUGACUUUUCGGAUCCCAUUCUUGCUUGUUAAUGGAAACAUUUCAUCCCAUAGAUUUUUCCACUGUCAUGUAUUCUCUUCGUGCUUUAAAAUUAACCAUGGAUUACGUAUAACAGACGUUCAAGGCAACAAAUUCAAGCGACAGUAUUUUAUUUAUUUUUUAUUCAUACCAUAAGCUGAAUCUUGCUGCCCGAUAUUUGCCAGAAUAUGCAACAUCCAUUGUGUAUGAAUAUCGAAUAUCAUCUGUUUCUCUGCAAGAUAUCUACUUUUUACUGGGCAAUCUACGUUCAGCAUAGGCUGUGCAGGCUCAUAUCUCAAAGGAAUGUAUUUUUGGGAACAAAAUAAUGUUGCCAGUAGUCUAUUAUCAACUUGGAAACUUUGGUAAAACGAUUUAUGUCCGAAUUUGACCCCUAAAAUAGCAUUUGUAUGAUGUUGCCACUUGAAUAAUCUCUCUUUUACCAUGUCAUAUGGGAGUUUUUGGAAUUCGAAUAUUAGGCUUAAUAUAGGGUAUCAAUUGAUUGACUUUCGUCCAUUUUGUUUAAUCUGUCGUAGCUGAAGUCCACCGAUCGUUCAAAAGGCUUUGAUGGAGUUCCAGUUUUUCAGGUACAGAAGGAACUGAAAAAUCCAAUAAAUGGCAUAUCCAAAUAUUUUUAAUAUCAUGCUUCACAUAAUGUGCUUGGACCUCAUCGAUGAUUAGUUAAAUGCCCGAUCUUUCUUCUUCAUCAAGAUUUUUUUCCUAAUUGGGUCACAUAAUUUUCCCCACACUCCCUCUUUCACAGAAUGUGGUAAAAACAGAAAAGGAGUCUCUCAAGAGGUGUCUAUUAUCGUAAAUCUCUUUUUCCCAUGCAUAAAUCGUGCACAGCUGCUCUGCCAUCCAUCUGAUCGACCAUUUCCAAUUGCAGUCUGAACUCUUGGUUAUAAAGAAGAAGAAUAGGCGCUAUUGUCCUAUUUACUUCCAAAAGGUCCGCCCAUCUCCUUUUCUUCUACUCUCCGGUUACUGUAAGAAGAUGUGAGGGAUCCAAGUAUGGAAGGGAUGUAACUCGAUCAUCUCUCUACAGGAAGACAUAGAGAGAGAACUCUUAAAGUCCUCGAGAAUGUCAAAAGGAUCCGGUUUCACCCAGCACAUAGUGGUAUGAAUUUAACUGCGUUGACUUUUGGUUUAAUAAUUAUGUUUUAUUAUUGAUGAAUUGUCCCUGUUUCUCAUAGGUGGGAAGCUUGGAGGAUGUCCUGAAGAAGAUGGAGGUGGGGGGGUCUUCCUAUGAAUCAGAGUCAAACAAAAAAAAUAAAUUCCCAAGUUCUUGGCUUUAAGAAAAUGCUUUCCCUCUGAUUUCAGAUGAAUGAGAAGAAUUCUGGAUGGGAAGACUUGAUCUUCAUACCACCCGGUAAGAGCUUCUCUGAGCACAUCAAUGAGGUGGCUGCAUGA